AGGUAAAAGUGUUGGAAAACUCAUCUUCUUCCUCGCUACAAACACAUCCAGCAACCGAACCUACUUCACGAAUAAUUACCUGCUCUACCUGCUGUCCAAAAACAUUGCAUACGAGUAGAAAUCUAGAUUUCGUGUUGUAAUAUACUUGCUGUACAAGAAGGCUAGUAUAACUUCGACUUUCAAAAUACUAAUUGCUUGUUGCGAUUGCACGACAGCUUGAACUUGCUUUUGUAUUACAAAGCGUUGCUGAGUCCUUUUCUUCGUUGCGUUACUUCGUGAUCUUGUACGCUUCUAGAUAGAAGACUGCACCCAUGCUGCCCGACUUCGAGAACAACCAGCAACAGGGCCGCCUGCGCGGACUGCGGAGCAAAAGCGACGACGACGAGGAAAUGAUGUUUGGGGGGCAGAAGAAGAAGCGGGAGCCACUUUUCAAGUAAGCAGCACUUUUGUUUUCUCUACUCUUGGUUGCUAAUUUCGUUUUUCAGUUUCAGCAUCGCUAUGAACGGCAGAAAAAAGACGCAUCUACAUCUUUGCAGCCAGCUCUUUUUUGCGUCAACAAUGAAUACUCACAAAUAAUCUACCUACGACUACAUCGACGGAGAAAUUAUCAACCAAAAAAGACCAAAAAUUGCAAAACGUGUUCCUUCAUCAGGUCGUGGAAUCCCUUGCACAUUAUUUUCGGUGUGUUCUUUGGUGCGCUGACCUUGAGCAUUUUCCUUCGCGUUCUCUUUCCGUCCCUGUACCACCAGGUUUACGACGACGACUACGAACUGUACGAAGAGGAGUCGUCCGAGGACCCAAUUGUGCAGCAGGCGGCGAAGAGCAACAAACCGCCCGUGAAGACGAAAACUACAAGCAGUGUGCCGGUCAAAACACCAAAAAGCUCCCCUGCUGGAACUGGCACCACUGUUCCCGCCUCCGCUGCUGCCAAGAAAACGCUGCUGAACAUGAAGCGAACGAAAGUUGUCCGUGAAGAUGAUUUGUACUCGAACUCAGAGGACGAGUACAAUAACAUCGCGCACCACGACGAAGACGGGAAUUACCCCGCGCGUGUAGACGGCGCAGCUGACAGGAAGAUCAAAGCGGCUGCCGCGGCUCCGGCUGGUACCGCGUCGAAAGUGAGCACCUCCACGCAGGACGACGGGAAGGACGCAGCCGCACCAGGCCAACAGGAUGUUGCCGAAGGUUCGUUUCUAAAUGUUGCCGGGCCCCCGCAGGGUCCGAAAAACCACCAGCAGCGGAUUGUGUCGUCCAAGAAGCUGACCACGGCCACCGGGGAAGAAGUGGAGCUGGUGGAGAUGGAAGAGACCAAAAUGGGCGACGACGACGGCAUUACCACUGCGGGCGCCGCCCCCGGCGACGUGCAAACCGCUGACGUUACUGAAAUCCAGAACCGAGUCACCAGCAUCGGAGAAAUUUUGACCAAGGCCACCACCAACAUUCUGAAAAAACACAAGAAGAAGAGCCGGUCCACGAUUGUCAUGACGUAAAAAUACGAUGUGACCUUUCAUGGGUUCUCGUUCUUUUUCACAAUGCUUGGUGGUAGCCCCGCCUCUUUUUGGUCCCUCCCCAUUCAUGUUGCACAUAAGUUCCAUGAUUUACAGACAACGGAAUUACCCGUAGUUGGCCUUUGCCGUUUUGACAUCGAAUCUUCAAGAUAAGCAGCAUGCUUGUGUAGGAAAGUAGCACUCGCAUUGCGGUUUCUGUUCUUUCUUUUUCUUUGUCUUUCAGAAAUAUUCUCACACCAACAUAAACUUAUCUUUUUUUUGAAUUUCUUAUUUUUUCCAGCAAACUCAGUUUUUCAUUGUGUUCCAACCUCAACUUAAAUUCAAGUUUCCUGAUGCUGUUUUCGGACGGUAUUUUCCAGGAUAUGCAUAUGCAGUCAGUCAAAUUGUUAGCGCUUUUGCGCAGUUUGAUGGCUUUCCAUACGAGCUUACCCAGCACACUGACUAAUACUCAACAA